AUGGCAUUCCUAAGACUUGGCUCCAAAUCUGAGGCCUUCCGUCGUGAAGGCCAGGCUUGGCAUUGCACAUCAGGGCUUCCCAGUGAUGUCACAAUAGAAAUUGGAGAAAUGUCCUUUUAUCUACACAAGUUCCCUUUGAUAUCAAGAAGUGGACUACUAGCAAAGCUAAUUAAAGAAUCAUCCAAUGACGACGUAUCAGUUUGCGUCCUGCAGCUCAAUGACAUACCUGGUGGUGCUAAAGCAUUUGAGCUAGUAGCCAAAUUCUGUUAUGGUGUCAAAAUAGAAAUCACUCCUUUGAAUAUAGUGAGCCUUAGAUGUGCAUCAGAGUAUCUGCAAACGACAUAUGAAUAUGGUGAAGGAAACCUCAUUGCACAAACAGAAUCUUUUCUUAACGACGUUUUUCGGAAUUGGACAGAUACUAUAAAGGCUCUUGAAACCUGUGAAGAAGUUCUACCACAUGCUGAAGAGCUUCACAUUGUGUCAAGAUGCAUAAAUUCCUUAGCAAUGAAAGCUUGUACCGAUACAAAGUUGUUUAACUGGCCUGUGUCCGAAAAUGAUCACGAGGAUACCACAGGCGCGGAGGUGUGGAACGGUAUAUGCACUGGAUCCAAGACACAACCGAUGACAGAUGAUUGGUGGUAUGAAGACGUGUCGUUCCUUAGCUUACCUCUGUAUAAACGGUUGAUCCAGGCAGUUGAAGCAGGAGGAAUGAGUCCAGAAAAUGUAGCAGGUGCCCUUAUGUUUUAUGCCAAGAAAUAUAUCCCCUUGAUGAAUAGACAAGCAAGUUUCAAGGAUGCUGCUAGCCGUUCUAAAUCAGGAUCAACAAUUUCCACUCCAUCAGAAGGCGACCAAAGGGCACUUUUAGAGGAGAUAAUGGAGUUGUUGCCAAAUCAGAAAGGAGUAACAGAAACCAGGUUUCUUCUUAGGCUGCUCCGUAGCGCUAUGAUGCUACAAGCAAGUCCAUCUUGCAGGGAGAAUUUGGAGAGAAGAGUAGGACUGCAGUUAGAUCAAGCUGCACUAGAUGACUUGUUAAUACCAAAUAUGGGAUAUUCAGUGGAGACUUUAUAUGACAUAGACUGUUUUCAGAGAAUUUUGGACCAUUUUAUGUCAAUAGACCAGGCUUCUUCUGCACCUUCUCCAUGUAUUCUGGAAGAAAAUCAAUUGAUGGAAGGUUCAAAUUCCUUGACUUCAUUAACAAUGGUAGCAAAUCUAGUGGAUUCAUAUCUUUCUGAGGUGGCGCCCGAUGUUAAUUACAAGUUCCCAAAAUUUCAGUCUCUUGCUGCCACAAUCCCAGAUUUUGCAAGGCCACUUUCCGAUGGUAUCUAUCGUGCAAUUGAUAUAUAUUUGAAGGCACAUCCUUGGCUCACAGACUCAGAAAGAGAGCAAAUCUGCAGACUAAUGAAUUGCCAGAAGCUCUCAUUGGAAGCUUGCAUACACGCUGCUCAAAAUGAGAGGCUACCUCUUAGGGUCAUAGUUCAAGUCUUGUUCUUUGAACAACUUCGCCUACGGACAUCAGUAUCAGGAUGGUUCUUUGUCUCGGAUAAUCUUGACAACUCUCAAAGUACUACUCUUCAUGGAGGCAACCGGAACACAAACACAGCAAAUAGAAGAGGAUCAAGUAUCGAAGACAUGAGGGAGCGUGUUGCAGAGCUAGAAAAAGAGUGCAACAGCAUGAAACAGGAGUUUAAAAAGGUGGUAAAAACAAAGAAAAAGUGGAACGUGUUUUGUGGAAGAAAAUCUGAGUGUGACUUGAAUUCAGUAAAUCCCAGCAAGUUACUACCUCCACAGGUUAAUGAGCGUAAAAAUCAAAAGAAUGGAGACUCAAGAUGAAGGUAGACGUAGUUUAUUUACUGUGUUUUAUUCUUUUCUUGACAUCAGGACUCUUCUUCUAGUAUCAUGUAUGCUAUGGUUUGCACUCGUCAUAAUGCUUUUACAAAUUGUUAAUGUAGUGA